AUGUCGUCGCCUCCUGAAACGCCGUUCCAUACAGGUGCGGUGGUGGCAGCGUCACAUGAGAGCGUUGGCUCGUCGCCGGCAGAUGGGUCGUUUUCCGACCUCGCCGCCGCAGACAUCUACGGAGGCUUGCAACCUCCCCCGGCGCUCUCGUUGCUUGUACGCAGCGAAAUAAACCCGAGUCACCGCACCAAGGAUAACCCCGCCGCAGGAGUGAUGGCGACGACUGCUGCCGCGUGGUUGUCGCGCCAAUCUCAACUGGCGGUGCAGGCUACAUCGAGCAUCACCGCGGCCGGCGGUUCCAGCGAGAACAGCACCGGCAAAUCGCUGGUGUCCGUGGUGGACGAGGAGCAGCGCCGCUGCGUGAAUGCGGCAUACCAAAUUAGUUUUCACGGAGACGCUCGCGUGAAGCUGAAAUCGACAGCGGUGGUGCUGCCCAACGGAGCGUAUUUCCUCAUCGUCGACCGCUUUAUCAGCGGCAACUGCGACGGCGUCUACGAGAAGAACAAGAAGAUGUGGGAGCACAUCCCCAUUGGACAGGCUCGCGUGUUUGCCCGUACGCCUGCAGCGGCGCUGACCAUCUCGCUGGCUGAGCUGGGCGGAUCGGCACAGGUGAACUGCGAAGGCAGCGGUGCAGACACCGCAACGACAGUGGCAGUGAAGCACCCCCGAAGGUCAGGCUCGCCCAUCAACAUCGCUGUAAGCUCUUCACCCAAAUCGCCUUCAAUCGAACCAUUGCCGACAGCGAGCGCACUCGGUUCGAUAAGCCAGCCGAAUCGAUGUGAAUAUUCGUCGGCACAGCAGCAUUCCUUUCACAGUGAGUGGACGCGGGUGGCGACCGCCGUCGGACUUCGCAAGAUGGGCCACUGGCGCGAGGCGACGAGUGUAUUUUCGAUCCACAAGGAGGUGUCCAAGAGAGCGAUUGCUCUAGAGAAGGUGGACGGCGAGCCUGGCCGCAUUGCUGCAUUUUCGUGGAUGGGAGAGCGCUACUGGAUCAUUGGGUGUCGCUACCAGCACAUUGUGACACGGCUCGACGUGCCGGAGACGGACCUGAUGCGAUACGUGGCCUCCAGCAGCAGCUCGACUUCUACCUCGUCAUCGUCGUCAUCUCUCUCUGACGACGCCGCCGUGUCGGCGAAGGUGUCUUCCGCAGGGAAGCCGUCUUCGUCGUCCCCGAUGAACUCGCCCACACAGAACCCUCAGGACUGCGUUGAGCGAGGCAGCGUGCAUAGCUUCACCGUCGCAGGCGGCUCCGCGGCGCCGGCCGGCGCUGGGGCAUCGUCGGAUGCCGCGUACCUGGACCUGGCGGUUCGCAUGGCGCGUCUGUGGCGACGCGUGUUGGAGUCGCUGCGCAUCACCACAGAGGACCCGACACACACACUCGAUGCGGCAUCCGCUGGUGAAGCCGCCGCCCACGCGGAUGCGCUAAUACAGCUGCAUGCGUGUGUGGCGGCCGACAACCGCAGCCUGUGCUUUGAUGUCAUCAUGUCUGGCUGGGAGCGUUUGCAGAGCUUUCUUGUUGCCCGCGACGUCGCGGGUGACGAGUCCAUGUCUACCACCUCCACGCCCGUGUCCUGCACGUCUACCCGCACUUAUCGCACCAGCUCCACUGCCUUCAUGAUGUCAUCGACACCCGUGACAGACGCCAGCGGCGCCACCCGUUCCACAGUUCCGACGGUGCCGGUUGCCACUCCCCUGUGGUUCUACGCCAUCACGUGGGACGCCCCGCUCGACGAGCGCGGGUGGUGCAUGGGCGUCGAGGAAGCGUUUGCCUUCUUUAGGCGCUUCCAGCUGCCGACCGUGCCGAGGUCGGCUGACGUCCAGGUUGGCUCACCCGAGUACGAGGCGCUGCGUCAGUCGGUGCUCUCGCGCUGCGAUACAGCGGGUGCCGUUAUGUACGGAUCUAACGGGGACGAGGCAGACGGCGCCAAGGCUGCAGUGGUGGUGCAAGUGUGGAAGUGCCGUGCGUACCCGCAUUCGCUCGAGCGAGUCGUGCAGGAGUACGUCGUCACCCAUCGUCUCUGUGGCGAGCCGCUGCGGUGCAAGGUGAAAAAGAAAGUGAGCAGCCUCUCCCGCGAGACUCGGCUGUGCAUCAAGCAAUGGGAACUACACCGACUCCCCUUCCUGCUCGACUUCGCGCUCUGGCUACACCGGGAGAAGUACAUCACCCCGUCGACUGACCUCGUCGCGCUCAAGGUCAUACGGGGCCACUGGCUUUCAUACCAAGAGCGGUUCGAGAAGAUGCUGGAGGCGCAGCUGCGGCUGCGACAUCGUGGCUCUAGUCGACAUGGGACGACCGCAUCUGCGCUGGAGGCGGUGCGCGGCAGCCCCGGAGCCCGCGCCAACACCGCCAACGGCAUGCGUAGUAGCGCGAGGUCUGACGCCGAAGAUGCAGACGUGCAGAAUGGCGAUCGCGCUUUUCAGCAGCAGGACGAGGCGCCGUCGCAGGACGCAGAGUGUCUCGACCCGAUUAUGCUGGUCGGUCCACAAGGCUGCGGAAAGUCCACUAUGGCUCGCAUCUUGUACGCUCUCUUGGAGGAGGCAGGCGCAGCACCGCGCUGGCUCAACCAGGACGAGGUUGGAAGUCGGUCCGCUUACCUGGCCGCGAUACGGCGCGCCGUGACGCAGGGCAGCUACAGCCAUCUGUUGCUUGAUAAGAUGAACCUAGACGACAAGUCGCGUUCCGACUACGCCGCCGCGGGCGUUAAACCAGUCCUUGUCGUUGCCUGGACACACAGCGAAGGUGUGGAGGCGAUGGUGGAGGCGUGCUACGAGAGGGUGGUGAAACGCGGCGUGCGUCAUCGCACCUUCUGCACCGAGGAUGUGAAGCCGCUGCGCCCCCUGCCGUCGUCCAUAUCCUCGCGCUCGCCGGAGCUGGGCCCGGCGGUCUUGCCGCUGCUGCAGAACGGCAUCACCUCCCUCGGUGGCAGCGCCGGCACCCCAGAGGCGCCGUCAGUCAGCGCGUCCUUCUCCAUGACCAGCGUGGGCCACUAUGGGUCUUCGCCCAACGUGCCAUCCCUCCCUGAGCGUCAGUCGCCGCCACCAUCGUCGCGGCUGCACGGCAUUUUACAGACUAGCGCAAAACGGUAUCAGGUGCCGGCCAACGUACCGUUGGUCGAGCUCGACGUGACGUGGAGCUGCGAACAGAUGGUGGCGGCCGUUUGGGAGGCGCUCCGAGACCGGGGCACGUGCGUCCUGCCGCCACUGGCCGAGCUGAACGUGAUGGCCGCUAUGCAGACCGCCUACGCGUACGAACAGCUGCUGGAGACGUAUCCGUCCCGCGUGGCGAGUGCGGUUCUGCGAGGCUCUUCGACCGGCGUCGUGCUGCAGCAGCUGAGUCUUGUCCAGCCGCCGCUCAUCAUUCCCAAGACGCAGCGACUGCAGCCCCAUGCUGAGAUACUCCUUCACAACUUCUGCCUGCAUCCCAGUCCAACGGCGUUGGUGCGGUACGCUGGCCAGGUGGGGCGCACGCGUCGCAUGACCGUGCAGGCGGUGGUGUCCAACUCGAAGGUGGUGAUGCUUUUGAUCCUGGGGCCAACCGAAACCGCCGCCGCGGACUCGGCUACGUGCACCGCAACGCUUGGGGAGGGCGAGGCAGCGGUGGCGCCUCUGCAUGCGGGCGCAACGCAGCCUGCUCUGUAUGAUUCGCCUUUACACAAUUCCAGCGGAGAGGCGGCGGCGAUUGGGAAAGGUGACACAGGCGCCUCUGCCGCCUCAGUAGCGGAAGAUCUGAGUUGCAUCGAUGCGCGCCCCAUGCAGGAACACUUUGCGGUCCUUGCAAAAGCCAAGGUUACGUCCGACUACUGCGAAGAGCUCGCGCAGCGCGUGCGCGAUGACCCGGAUGCGGAUCCGUACUGCGCGGUGCGGUGGCUGUCACCACCGCUGGAAAUGGACUUUGCCGUCACGCUCCUCUUGCCGUAG